GCGAGGUACGGUCGUGCUGCAGUUGCAGCUCGGCUGUCGGUCCCGUCGGUUUACCUUCCGGGGAGAUCCCCGUCUCGACAUCAGCGAUAAAGAGAGAGAGAGAGAGAGAGAGAGAGGAAGGGAGAGAGAGAACGAAAGAGAGAGAUAACGAGGACAUCUCCUCGAUAUCUCGCAAUUGAUUACGCGCAAAACAAGCGAAUCUACUCGGGGCCGCGAAAUCACGUGUAACGUGUCGUAAAUAAACGACAUACGCGGUCGACUGUCGGGUGUCACGUCGUAGAUUUGUAAAUUCGCCGCUUAUCAGACAGGUAUGUGAAUACAGCCGCGACUAGAUCGCCCGGUGCAAACUUGUGUACAGUCCACGACGACGGUCGCAUGUCGAGCCCGGGAUCGAGUACAGUUCGAGUGCGGGUACUUCCUCUCUUUCGGAGUCUUUCGGAGGGGUCUUUUGCACACUUUUGAGGACACGGUCGGCGCGGUGAGACAACAUCCGAACUCGACGUUGAGACUCCGCCGAGACCUGCGCUCUUCUUAUUCGCUCGGGGUCCUUGAUCGGCUUGGGCGACCUUAGAGUCGCAAGAAGUCGCGACGAGACCGAAGCAGAAGAAAUCAGUGACCUUGCCUAGACAAGCUCGAUACGAAACGUCUGCGAUCAAGUCCACGGAGGAAUUGACAAAGGGCAGCACGGUGACACUGGCAGAAGAGAUCAUAGAGAACACUGGCGACAAAGCAACGACUCAAACCGUACCCGAAACAAUCAUGGGAGUUUGCAAGAAGCUCACGCACUGGACGGCCCUGCUGGAUCUGAUCCUGAUAGCAUCGAUGACCAUAGUAUUGGUAGUACUGGAGUUUGGCCAGAUCCCGCAUAAAAAAUUGGGCUUCUUCUGCAACGACCCGAAGAUCUCGUUCAAAUACACCGGCGACACGAUCUCCACGAGUUUACUGCUGUGCAGCGCCUUCAUCGCACCUUUCAUAAUGAUGUGGAUCGUGGAGUGCGCCUGCUAUCCCGCCGACAGUUACAAGAACAAAUUGACUUACAACUCCAGAUGGAAGCAUAUUUGGACUUGGUAUCGCCAUUGCGCCACAGUCCAGGUCAUAGUCGGUGUGAUCUGCGAAUGUAUGAAAAUCCUCAUCGGCGAACCGAGACCACACUUUCUCGACACGUGCAAGCCGCACGAGGCGAUCAACUGCACCAAUGAGUAUUUCGAAGACUACACCUGUGUCAGCUCAUCGUGGUUCGUCAUGGACGCCAGUAGGUCUUUCCCUUCCGGCCACACGGCGUUGUCCGUCUGCAUGGCUAUCUUCAUAAUAUGGUACCUGCAGGCUCGCCUGUCCACCCGGUUCUGGUUCCUUAAGCCGUGGCUGCAGUGCCUAACGUGCGUUUGGGCCGUGACGUGUUCCGUAACCAGAGUCAGCGACCACCGACAUCACUGGUGGGACGUUACCGCCGGUGCCAUCCUGGGCAUCCUGUUCGGCCUGUACCUCGUGAUAACACUCUGCCGAUAUUUCCACAUCAAUAACACGAAUAACGCCGUCGUGGACGUGAAGCAAGUGCCAGGCGAGGUGAUAGCGGAACAUGGUUUAACUUCACAGAUCAGCUUCACCAAGAACUAACAUCGAAAGAGUCACCGAGCUCCGUCGUUGAUGCGUCAGCGUGUCAAGGGAUGAGAAACGUUGCGAUUGUCUUAGACAAAUGCUGGAGGAAACGUCGACGCGAACGACCUACGGGGCUGACAAGAGCCGGAGGGACUUGGCAAGCUGGGGAGAAAUUCCAUGACGGUCGAAUCGCUCAUUUCGGAGAGAACUUUGUACGGUCAGCGAGAAUCGCAGCGCAGACGGAUUCUCGCUGUGCGCGAUGCUCCUUCUUUCUUACGUGGACGCGCGUUUGCGUAGGGAAGAGACUAUGUACCGAUAACGCGAGGGCGUCGACGGAACGCCCCAGAAUAGUUCUUGUAUUUUGCCGAGAAAUAAAGAUUUCGAAGCAACCGUUCUUCCCGAGAUGACCGAAUCGAGAUGAUCCGAAUCGAGUAAUUGUGAGCUUGGAAGUUUCUUCCGGAGCAUACUUAUCAUGAACUCUCAAAAGAGAGCCGCAUGGGUUUUACUUUUAUAAUAAUUCUUUAUUAACUUACAAAACGCUCAGCAUGACGAUGCCGUUUUACGUACAUUCCGCUCAAACGAGAAACGCACAUAUCUUUCGAGUCCUCGUGGACGCUUCGAUAAACUAUCGCUUGAUGUAAAUAGAAAUAUAUUGACGUACAGAUGUUUCAUGCUAAAUUGUUAACUGACUCGUACAAAUCUGAAUUAUAACGUAAAAAUUCGCGCGAGGUUUAAUAAUCGAAUGACUGGCUAGAACGGCUUUAAUGGAAGAUAUGACUUAGUAAUUAUUCGCCCGAUAUUUAAUAGUGUGACUUCUUUAGUAAACGAGCUUCCACUCGUUCUUAUUCAUUUAUUACUUAGUUUUCACAAAGAUAUUGUAUUAUUUAAGUUUCGUCGUUUUAACCUUCCGAUGUAUCCAACUUUAAAUAGAACCAAGACAGUUUUUUAACCUCAUAUACAUAUAAUCGUACGUAACAGGCGAUAUAAAAAUCGUAGUCGUUUACGAUUCUUGUUAUUCGAUUAUGUACAAUAGUCAUUCAAUAUAUAUAUAUAUAUAUAUAAUAUAUUUUUUAUGCAUAUGAUAUAUGUAUGCGUAUAUUGGGGUGUAUAUGAUUUUCCUGCUUGAAAAGAAAGGGAAUAGACCGAUGCAUCGGAAGAUUAAGUCGGUAGCGAGAACAAAGUUCGAUCCAGGGUGGAAGUUAAUUUGCUCGCGUAAUUUUUAAGGGUCUCCGCUACUUUCGCGGGUGUACCGUGGACCUUAUGUUUACAUUCCGAAAUGCAGCUUUCGCAUGUACGUACUCUCCCCCCGUUGAGUAUAUAUCGAUGAGUUAUUUCAUUUAUUUAAGCCGCACAAUCUCGCCAUGCGAUCGCCGUGCAAAAGGCCUCACGCAGGCCGGGAGAGCGAAACGACGAAUGCGCUACGAAAUUCACGUGGCGAGAAGAGAAAAUGGACGCCUCUGCAGUUAGACUUAUUGAAUAGGUACGACGAAUUAUACAGAUAAGCUUCGUAUUUAUAGCGUUUCCGGCAUUUGUGAGAAAGAUUACUGAUGGCGUCAUAAGAGAAGGCGAAUGCUUAGUCUCCACACGAAAAUAUUCUUGCACUGUCUUCUCGACGACCGAAUAAGAGAGAACGCCCGCGAGAGAGAGAAAGAGAGGGAGGGAGAGAGAGAGAGAGAGAGAGAGAGAGAGAGAGAGAGAGAGAGAGAGACUGCGCAAAACACGAAUCUCUCGCGCGACGAGUACUUUCCGCAGCGGUAUUGAAUAACGCACGUAUGCGCGCGAGAAACAUAAAGUAUUACCUGUCAAAGUUAUGGACCAUAAAUACGAGUAAUGUUUAUACGACAAUGCAACCCCAGGUAUAAUGAUAAGUUACGCGAAAUUAAAGUGAUUACACCUCGACGAGAGGCGCGCGCUUUAGAGCUGCCGAUUGUAGUUUUUACGUACGUGCCUGUCCUUUCUCCGCCUUCGCGCAAGAAGAAAAACAUAUCGUCGAGUAUGCGCCAUGCUCGCGCACGAU